AUGAUGUUGUUUUCUUUUCUACUCUUUUUUGUAUUAUUUACACAAACAACUUCAAAUGAUACACGUUGUGACAAAACUCCAUUAUGUUACUUAACCAAUAAUUCGACAGUAAUCAUAUGCGAUAGGAUGUAUGCACAAACGAAUGAAAGUGAUGUCUUUCCUAGUUUAUCCUGUUUUCCGCCUGUAAAAACGUAUUUAUUUCGCAAUUUUCCAAAAAUACGAUUACAUGCUUUUGAAGAUAUAAAAUUUCCAGAAAACGAAUCAUUUUCUAUUAAAGUAGUUAAUGCAUCAUUCAUUGAAACAGAAGCAUUUUCAAAAUCAUUGAUUAUUCCUCCCAGUUCGAAAUUAUCAAUUGACAUCGGCGACUUAGAUAGUUCAUCGAGUAUAGUGUUAAGAUUCAGCGCAUUCAAUCAUAUCAAAAUCGAUCAUUUACACUUUACUAAUAUUAAUAGUUUCAAUGGACGUUCUGUAUUCGAUACAGAUUGUUUUGGUGAUGAUUUAGAUAUUAAUUUACUCACAUUUGAAAAUUGUGCCAUCGGUGGCUUUUCAAAUAUUAUUCAUAAACCUGUAGAUGUUGCUUAUUUGUCGAUUAUAAAUUCUCCUAAAUUAACACAAUUAACCGAUAAAAGUUUACCAUCAUUUUUAUCAACAUCAAAAUCUUUAGAAAUAUCGAAUACAAACCUGCAGAUGAUCAAUGCACAUACAUUUCAAGCGUGGUCGCUUAUACUUGAAGAAUUAAUUAUUACUAAUAAUUCAAAUUUAGAAACGUUUCCAUCAAGUAUAGUUGACGGUAUAUUAAUGAAAUUAAAUAAGCUUGAUUUAAGUUAUAAUUCAAUAAAAAAUCUUGAUAUUGAUUAUGAUUGGUUCUCUUAUAGUUCGACAAAAUAUUUACUAUUACGAAAUCAACAACUUGAUUUAUUUCUUAAAACAAAUCUGUUAAAAACGCUACCAGCAUUAGAGAAAAUCGAUUUUUCCCAAGGUUUUAUUAGCGCAAACAAUGAUGAUUUAAUUAAAAAUCAUUUUCAGAAUAUAUCAAAUUUGAAUUCAAUUGAUGUUUCCUAUACAAAUCUUACGGAGAAUAUGAUCAUCGAUUUACUUACAGCGAUAAGUAAUGUAGCAACACAUUUUGUAGACGUUCGUUUAUUUGGUCAUACAUUAAGUGAUAAAAAUUUCUGUUCCUAUUUUAAAAUAUUUAAAAAUGCGCCUGGUCUACUUCAUCUUGAAUUAGAUGAAUCACACGAUUGUAAUUGUAUUAUUGAUUUAUUCUAUAUGAAUAAUGUAAGACAAUCAGUAACGAAUACUUCCGUAUUACAGCCAACAUGCUUAUCGAAUUUUACACGUAUACCGUGCGAUGUCGAAACACAAUUAUCAAUAUCAAAAUGUAACAUUGGCUCACAGAAUCCUGAUGCAUCAGGCGAAGGCAAUAAACUUGGAAAGUAUGCAUUUGGUUUUAUUGUGGCUGGCUUAGUUGUUGUUGUAAUGGUAUUAUUAUCGCUGGGCUUUAGUGUUGUCUAUCAAAUACGACGCCGACGUAACACAGAUCUUGAUAUGGACCAACCUAUUGAAAAUCCCCUUGCUGCAAUCAUUGAAGAACGUUUACAGAAUCAAUAA